UUCUUUCUUCCCCAGGGUGUGAACCGCUAUAUAAUUAAAUAGAAUCACGUGCGCUUGUCAACCUGAAUUUGUCGGUCAAUCUUUACUCGCACAAGGCAAAAAGAAAUAAAAAGGCAGUUGUUAGGGUUUCUGUUUGUGUUUACAUUAAAAAAAAAAAAAAAAGUUAUCGGAUAGUCUCUUUUUAUACUCCUAGUUGUUCCUCCACAAUCCAAAGCCAGUAAGCCAUCCUUUGGGGUACUUUUUCUCAUUUGGUUCAACAUGGAGCUAGCUUUGAGUCUCGGUGAUGCACCGAAGCCAUUUGCGUUUCUUGACAAAACCACGAAGUUGUCAAACAAUGGUACUCUAGGGUUCUGCAUGGGUGUUGGAAGUGGUUUCAGUGGAAGAUCAGACGAGAAAAGAGACACCCGUGAGAUUGGUGAUAGGAGAGAAGUGAUCAGAUCAGGCGAGGGUGACAAAAAAAUCUCUUCAGAUCCACCUGUUCAGCUUGAUCUUCUACCUUUCUCACCUGUUCCUCGCAGCCAGCCUCCAGCACAGCUUCGAUUUCCUUGGCUUACUGAUAACUUGGUGUCUGAACCGGGUUCGUCAGAUGGCAUGGGAAGAGGAUUGGAUGUAAAUCGCUUCCCGAUGGCGAUAGCGAUGGACGAGGUAGACGAUGGGGCGGAUCUGUCCUCUCCGAACAGUACAGUUUCCUCGUUUCAGAUGGAUUUCAGUGUUAGGAACCGUGGACGAACCAAGAGAGAUUUGGACGUUGAGACUGAAAGAGCUAGUUCAAGAGCUAGUGAUGAUGACGAAAACGGAUCUACUCGGAAGAAACUCAGACUCUCCAAAGAGCAAUCUGCUUUCCUGGAGGAGAGUUUCAAAGAACACAGCACUCUCAACCCUAAGCAAAAGCUUGCUCUGGCAAAACAGUUAAAUCUUCGUCCUCGACAGGUUGAAGUGUGGUUUCAGAACAGAAGAGCAAGGACGAAGCUAAAGCAAACAGAGGUAGAUUGCGAGUACUUAAAGAGAUGUUGUGAGACGUUGACACAGGAGAACAGGAGGUUACAAAAGGAGCUGCAGGAAUUAAGAGCUUUGAAAACCUCUCAACCUUUCUACAUGCAGCUCCCUGCCACAACUCUCACCAUGUGCCCCUCGUGUGAGCGCGUAGCCACCACCACAAGCUCUUCCAAUGCGACUGGUACCAACACCACAACCACCACCACAAACUCAGCUGCAGCCUUGUCGCUUUCAAAGGGUCGAGUAUAUCAAGUGCAACCUCACAUGCACCAUGCUCACCAGCCUACUUCUUGAGAUCAUCGAUGUUACUACUCCUAUAUGUACUCCACUUUUCCAGUUGUAUAUACUUUUUGGCUUGGAACAUUUUCCUGUUUCCCGUUGCGACCAAUUUGUCCCUCGUGGUUAGUUUCUUUUUUUUUUUUGGAGUUUUUGGUUGGGGAAUACAGAAGGGUGGAUAUUUGUUGAUUGAUCAUGAGAAAAAUACAAAAGAUUUUAUUACAAAAUUCUCUAGUUAAUUGUUGCUUUAGUUUUUGUUAAA